AUGGUUUUCUACUUAGCCAGGCCAAAGUGGAACUUGACAUCUUGUGGAACCAGCGUAGCCAGCUCAGAGUGCAGCGAGGAGCUGUUCUCAUCAGUUUCAGUUGGAGAUCAAGAUGACUGUUACUCUCUGUUGGAUGACCAGGAGUUCACCUCCUUCGAUUUGUUCCCUGAGGGCAGUGUCUGCAGUGACGUCUCCUCUUCUAUCAGCACGUACUGGGACUGGUCAGACAGUGAGUUUGAAUGGCAGUUGCCUGGCAGUGACAUUACAAGUGGGAGUGAUGUACUUUCUGAUGUUAUACCCAGUAUUCCGAGCUCUCCUUGCCUGCUUCUGAAAAAGAAAAACAAGCAUAGGAAUCUUGACGAACUUCCGUGGAGUGCAAUGACAAAUGAUGAACAGGUUGAAUAUAUUGAAUAUUUGAGUCGCAAAGUCAGUACAGAGAUGGGCCUUCGAGAGCAACUUGAUAUUAUUAAAAUUAUUGAUCCUACUGCUCAGAUCUCACCUACAGAUAGCGAAUUUAUUAUUGAAUUGAACUGUCUCACAGAUGAAAAACUGAAACAGGUGAGAAACUAUAUCAAGGAACACGGACCUCGUCAACGGUCUGCAAGGGAAAGCUGGAAGAGGAGUAGCUACAGUUGUGCAAGUACCAGUGGCGUGAGCGGUGCCAGUGCCAGCAGCAGCAGUGCCAGCAUGGUCAGCUCAGCAAGCAGCAGUGGUUCUAGUGUUGCUAACUCCGCUUCAAACUCGAGUGCCAACAUGAGUCGAGCGCACAGUGAUAGUAAUUUGUCCACGAGUGCUGCAGAAAGAAUCCGGGAUUCAAAAAAACGUUCCAAGCAACGGAAACUACAGCAAAAGGCCUUACGCAAGAGACAACUGAAAGAACAAAGACAAGCUCGUAAGGAAAGACUGAGUGGAUUAUUUCUUAAUGAAGAAGUGCUUUCUUUGAAAGUGACUGAGGAGGACCAUGAAGGAGAUGUGGAUGUUUUAAUGUGACAGGGGUGAAUCGUGUUCUUUCUAAGCCUUAAAUGUAUUAUCCUUAUUGUUUACAUAUAUUUCUUGACCAAAUUUUGAUUAGUGUUAACAGUAUAAACCAGAUCUUUUCUCAAGUGUAAUUUUGGCAAGAAAGUCUUAAGUAUUGAGUAACUUCAGCUUUUUGAGACUAAUUUUGCAACAAAGACUUCAGAAACUUAACUGACGACUGAAAAGCUGCUGAAUAGAUAAAAUUUUAAGGAAAUUUGAACUUGGCUAACUUGCUAGCUUACUUGCAAGACAUAAGUUUAGAGGUGCUUUUGGAUGACACUAAGCAUGCAUUACUAUGCUUCAGCUUUUUUGUUUUUUUCCAACUUAAAAAGUUAAUGUUACACUUGGCUUGUUCUGUCUUCCUUUCCCAUUAUUAGGAAGAUUGUUUAGCACGAGGAAAAAAUCUUUAGUUCUAUAGGGCUUUCUUCAGUCUUGCUCUUGGAUCACACAAAAUCUAAGUACUGUGAUAAAUCCUUUUCUAGAAGUUGUGAUUUAACUCAAACUACACAGAAAACAAGAAGCGGGACUUCUAGUGCAGGGAAUCUGUAACACAAAUAAUGCCUAAUGAUGUAGUUCUUUAGGAAGCAAUUAGAAUUCAAAAAACCAACUUGCAAGCUUAGUCUUCAGGAAGUUAUUUUGCUGCUCAAUAUCUUAUAGUAUGAUUGGUAAUGGUUGACCAGUACAUCCCUAGUAUUGCUAUGAAAAGUUUCAAAUAAAAACAUCUUUAUGCAUUGAAGGUACACUAAUCUGCAAUUAAGUUGUCUAGGACACUACUUACAAUAGUUGAAAAUGCUUCUGGAAACAGAAGUGCAAACAAGCGGCACCCAACUUCGGUGGCUUUUUUCCCCAGAAGCAUAUCUAAAUAGAUUCAUGUUGUUGGCAAGAGAACUUAAUUAAGGCAGCUGUGCUUUUUAAUUAUAUGUUUAGCUGAGGAUGUGUCUUCUGUGUGGGUUGUUACACCAUUACACGUUUCAGAAUUCUCCUUUUGUUGUCUAUCUGUUUUUGAAAUUUCUCUUGCUAAGAAAAUGAGGUGAAAUUGAGUCUAUCAGGUAGGGAGGUAAAAGUAGUUUUAACCUGUUUCCUAAUUCUGACAAUCUGUAAGGUGACUUUUGUCUUUAUCUUGGAACUACUUGUUACAGAACUCCUUCCCCACACAGCUGAGAUAAAAAUGAUACUUCUAAACUUCAAUGUGAAACUUAAAAGAUUAUAAAGGUAUUUUCUAGUUCUGAGUUUAGGAAGUAAUUUUCCAUUAUGCUUCAUUACUUUAAUUUUGCUCUUGUCAAUUGAGGAGUUUGGCAGUUUAGCAUGGCCACAGGCGCCUGUAAUUGCAGGAUAUAGCCCAGUCCUGCAGAAUCCCAUGAUCAACUUUAUAUAGGACUAUUUGCAUUCACUUCGUGUCCUGCACAACUGAAGUGGUUUUCUUUCAGAAGUGGCAUUCCUUGUAGCCUCAGAAUAAACUGACCACUAAAAUAUCUGAACAAUGGCCUCUGAAAGGGCUUUGAUAAGAAGUAAAUGAGGUCCGUAGUCAAACUUAGUAUGUGUGAACUUAGUCACUCCUACUGCUGCUAGACAACAGGUACCCAGACUUGGCCAUUAACUCAUUAAAAAGCUAUGUAAUGUCAUUUUAAACUUGAGUGUUAGCUAUCUCGUAUGGCCAGUUAUUUGGCCACUAACCAGAAGUGGCUGUUACCUGUCACUGUUUGCUUGCACUGCACUAUAGCUGGUUGAUGCCUCCCUUCCUCCUGCAGAAACCAAAAACUUCUUAACAGUAUACAGGUUACUGAGAAUUUAGAUUGACUUAAAUCUGGAGCUUCUGGUAAAUACCUUGUAUGGAAGGAAAAAUUGAAUUGCUGUCAAUUCAGCUAAUUUCAGAGUGCAGUUGUUUGCACUCUUGUAACUUACCAUGGCUGUAAAGGAUGAAUUCAUCAUGAAACGUUUCACUGCAUGUAUACUGUCACAGUUCAGUACCUUUAUUUUCUGUAGUGACUUUGAAACGUUGGUUUGGUUUUUUGUCUAAAGUAAAGUGCACACUUCAUACUAGUGGACCAUGAAAGUGUGUCACUUUAUUCUGUUUCAGCAGCUCUUCAGAGUUUAAAAUCCCUCAGGCUUUGUUGAGAGAAGACCCUUCAUUUUGAUGAGGUAUGGUUCUUUCUGGUCACCUGUCUGCUAGCUUCCAGAGAUGAUGAAAUGAGGAGGAUAGUAUUGCCAUCUUGAUCUUAAUGUGAGCAUGUAAAUAUAAUUUAAUCCAAGUGAUUAGAUGGAUCCAGUUGCUCAUCUGUUACACUGGAUGAAAAGGUCCUGGGUGGCACACUAGCUGGCUGUGGUGUGUCAUCUCCAGCUGGGUACUCUAGUCACUUGUGUGACAGUUAAAACAAUAGGACAGAGUGGAUUUCCAGGGGUUUCAUGGUAAAAAUUUAUAGUUCUGUAAUCUUGUAGUCCCAGGAUGCUUAUAACCUAAGAAUACAAAACUCUGAAUGGUCUGUUAAGAAUGCAGAAUAACAUCCUGCUUUCUGGAAUGUUGUUUUUGCCAAGUGCUUUGCAUCUCAGAGAAUCAGGCCUGAAGUAGCUGUGGGAUUCAAGAGCGCUCACAUACUUCUACGUGCUUGGGUUUUUUCCCUUUUCUUUCAACAACUGUCUUAGAACUAAUGACACACUCAUUUUGUGGAGGGGGACGGUGUUUUCGUCAGAUUCUUGUCUUUCAUUGCAAUAUGCUGUAUGCUUACCCAGGGAAGUGGUCGAGUCCCCAUCCCUGGAGGUGUUCCCUGUAAAUGUGGUGCUUAGGGACAUGGUUUAAGUG